AUGUAUAAGAGGUCAAAGGUGGAGGGCACCAGUAGUUCACAAACAUCUUCAGUUGGGAUUCCCGUCAGUUGGGAUUCAGUCGAUUGUGGCUCAAUAUCCUCCAUUGCGAAUCCUUACACUCCCAACAAGAUGGAGUUCGUGUCCGACCCAGAGCCUGCUGCAAGCGCAGUGGAUGUCAUGCCUGAUAAUGAAUUUUUGGUACUUUUCGGGCAAAAUCUACGGUUUGAUAAUCUGGAAUUGGAUAAUUUAAGCUUACCUUUUGCUCACAAAUCUGUUAACCUCUCCGCUGGAAAAAGUGCUAUCAGAGCCGGUUUCCCGAGGAGAUCCGAUUCCGAUGAUACAUAUCAAUCGAAUGUGAGGACUACGGACUGUGAUCAAUCAGCUAGUCUAGCAACUGAUCUGACGUUUCCUUUAGCUCAGGAUUUGAAAAGUUAUUUUUCUCUCUUUCCUUUAGAUUACGAGUUUGAUAAAGAUUCAUUGAUUCAGUUAUGGAUAGCUGAAGGUUUUAUCAUGAAUGAAUCAACAACAUUGAGAAUGGAAGACUUAGGCAGUCUGUAUUUCAGUCGUCUGUUAGAUGAGGGAUUUAUAGUAACUUCUGGAUACUAUCAUAGUUGUGACAAGUUCAAGUACAAAGUGGAUGAGGCUAAGACUGGGGAACGUUUGAUGUUUGAUGGUAACAAGCUGGAUGAUAUCCCUGCAAGUUCACGCCGUUUGUCACUGCGCUGCAUGGACAUCAAUCAUAGGACAUCUGUGGCUAUCAAAAAAUGUGAGCUUCUAUCGACAUUGCUUUUAUUUCCACAUCAUGGCUCAUGCAUCAAGCACAUUCCUCGUGAUAUCUUUUUGAGCUUAAAGGGUUUGCUUGUCUUGAAUUUGAGUCAGUUAGACAUACUUGAAAUUCCAAGCUCUAUCGGGGGCAUGACGUCUCUGCUUUACCUUGAUGUCUCUGAGACUCCAAUCAAAUGGUUGCCCGAAUCAGUUGGUUGCCUUCAAAAGUUGCAGACUCUAAAACUCAGAUGUUGUUUCAACCUUCUUGGAUUACCGAAAGCCACAAAAAAACUAAUAAAUCUGCGGCAUCUUGAUUUAGAUGUGGUCAGCCAAUUGAAUUCGAUGCCUGCAAGUUUGGGAUGCUUGAUCAACCUUCAGACCUUGUCGGCAUUUAUUAUUGGUGAAUACGAUGGGUGCCGAAUUGGGGAGCUGAAGAAUAUGAGUAACCUUAGUGGAGAGUUUUGCUUGGUAAGGCUGGAAAAUGUGGUCAAUUCGAAAGAGGCUAUUGAAGCAGCAUUGUGGGAGAAAAGGUACAUUCAAAAGUUGGAGUUAAACUGGAGUGAUUCAUGUUCUGAAACAAUUAAUGAACAAGAGGAAAUUCUUGAACAUCUUCGACCCCAUAAAGAUCUUCAGGAGUUGAAAAUAAAUUUUUAUAGUGGUUCGAAGCUUCCAAGUUGGAUCAGCAGUCCAUCAUAUUUCAACCUUGUCAGUAUCUCCUUCUACAAGUGCAUAAAUUGUCAAUUUCUCCCCUCUAUUGGUACUUUACCUUCACUCAAGUUUCUUUACAUAAAUGAAAUGAACUGCGUGAAAGAGAUCAGCCAACAGUUUUUCAAAAACAACAACCAAGGUCAAGUGGUUUAUGCAUUUCCAAAACUAGAGAAACUGUCAAUCGAUGUCAUGCUUGGUUUGGAAGAAUGGAAGGAAAUAGAGCUUGGUGAUCUGCCAUGCUUACUUAAACUGACCAUGCAGUGCUGCCCGGAACUUGUUACUCUUCCUUCAUUUGCAGGCCUGGACUCACUCAAGCAUUUGGAAAUAAUUGACUGCCCGAAGCUUCCUUCCUUGCCUGAAGGACUACCAACAUCACUUGAGUUUCUUCUUGUAAAAGAUUGCCCUAUACUUAAGGAACGGUGCAACUCUGAGAGUGGCGAAGAUUGGCAGAAAGUGUCUCAUGUGCCCCAUAUUUGGAUUGAUCUUGAGGAGAUUUCCUCUGUUAACUCAAAGUGCUGA